AUGGAUAAGCCACGUAAUACAAAACGGAAACGCAUUGACUUAAAACGUAUACGCAAAUACGCUGCCUAUUAUUGUCAAUCGCCCUCGGCACGAAGUCCUUUUCACGGAGCUGGUUCUUCGUUUCAUUUGACUACAAUCAAAUCACAACAACAACAAGCCAAUAAAACAACAACAUCCGCUAAAAGAUAUAAUGAAAUCUCAACACAAUACGAGGCUCAAGGAAUUCUAAGUAACCAAACGGUGAUUUGUAAUCAUCCAUUUCUAAUUAAAUUUCAAUAUACCGAUGAGGAUAUAGAGGCAUUUCAGGUCAUAAAUAAAAUGUCGAAAACCAAUAGCCUAGAGAAUGGUGAUGCUGAAGCCAAAAAGCCCCUCAGUCCGAAUGGUGGCGGUGGUGGCACCCAGUCGAAACCAAAAAUCCAACCCAAAUACGAUGUCCAUCGUGAUGUUAUGACCCACGAGUUGGUGAUCAAACAAACUGGUUAUAAUGCCCGCGAUAAAAGUAUACCCUAUGGUUUGAAAAAAUGUUGGCAAAAUUGGUCAUUUUGGUCAAUGUUUGCCGGCAUCAUACCCAUCGUACAAUGGUUACCGAAAUAUUCACCGAAACGUGAUUUAAUUGGAGAUAUUAUUGCGGGUUUUACGGUUGCCAUUAUGCAUAUACCUCAUGGCAUGGCCUAUGGUCUGUUGGCGGGUGUAUCACCCGGAUCAGGGCUAUAUAUGGCCAUAUUUCCUACAUUAGUCUAUAUGAUAUUGGGUACAUCGAAACACAUCUCGAUUGGUACAUUUGCUGUGGCGAGUAUGAUGACACUGAAGGUGGUGCAGUCCUAUGCAUCGGAUGAACAACAAUUGGCUGAGGGUGGUGAGGGUUUGAUAACGCCACUGGAGGUGGUAACAACGUUGGCUUUUACAACGGGAAUAUUACAUCUUGCCAUGGGUUUCUUAAGACUUGGUACCCUCUCCUCGCUGCUCAGUGACCCGCUGGUAAAUGGCUUCACAACCGGUGCCGCCUGUCAUGUGGUUACCAGCCAGCUAAAGGAUGUUUUCGGUGUUUCAGUUCCUCGUCAUAAGGGUGCCUUUAAAAUUAUCUACACCCUCAUCGAUUUGGGUAAGGCCAUGCCCAAAACCAAUGUUGCCGCACUGAUCUUUUGCCUUGGCAUUAUGGUCUUUAUGACAAUAUGUAAUGAGAUCAUAAAGCCAUGUCUACGAAAACGAUGCCGUUUCCCACUACCCGCCGAAUUGAUAGCCGUCAUCGGAGGCACGGUUAUCUCAAUGCUAGUCGAUGUCCAAACAAAAUAUAACAUCAAACCUGUGGGAGAAAUUCCCGCCGGUCUACCAAUGCCAGUAUUACCACGUAUGGAUUUAGCGCCACACCUCUUUGUGGACUCAAUUGCCAUUGCGAUUGUCACCUAUUCGAUUGUAAUGUCUUUGGGUUUGACCUUUGCCAAAAAACAUUCAUAUGAAGUGCGUCCGAAUCAGGAAUUGUUUGCCAUGGGUAUUGGUAAUAUUGUUGGUGGAUUUUUCCAAUGUAUACCCUUGGCCUGUUCGCUGUCACGUUCGUUGAUUCAAGAGCAGACGGGUGGGGCGACACAAUUGGCUUCUUUGGUAUCGGCGGGUAUUAUUUUGGUUACCCUUUUCUGGGCUGGACCUUUCUUUAGCUUUUUACCCAGGUGCGUCCUGGCUGGUGUUAUUAUUGUUGCCCUGAAACCCAUGUUUAUGCAGGCCUGUGAAUUGAAGAAAUUCGCCAAACAAGGAAAAUUGGAGCUGCUGACAUGGAUUUCGACAUUCUUGUGUGUGGUGCUAAUCGACAUUGAUAUUGGUCUCCUGAUUGGUGUUUGCAUAUCGCUACUCUCGCUAUAUAUCAAAGGCCUUAAACCCUAUGCUUGCCUCUUAGGUUAUAUCCCUGAAGCCUCAGCGGUCUAUGUUGAUAUGAAUCAUCAUCGCAACGCCUUCGAAGUGCCGGAAACAAAAAUCUUCCGUUAUGCAGGUUCGCUAAAUUUCGCCACCUCUAUGUAUUUCCGUAAGGCUCUAAACAAAGCACUGGGUUUGGAUAGUGAAAAGGCACGCCGAGCUUCCUACAUACCUCUCUCACAAAAUGGCUCAGCUACGGCAAAUGGCGGCCUCAACCAUCUAAAUAGUUCCUUCCGUUAUUUGGUGCUGGAUUUCUCAAUGUUGGGUCACAUAGAUGUCGCCGGCUGUCGUACUCUAUCCGAUAUUAAAAAUGAUUUGGAAAAACGUGGCGUGUGCACUUUGAUGGCAACACCCACCGAUCGUGUCUAUGAUUGUCUUGUGCAUAGUAUGGUGCUGGGCGAAGGACCCUUCGAAAUUUUCCCCACCCUUCAUGAUGCUGUGGAAUAUGCCAAUGCGUGUCGUAUGGCGUGAUAUUUAGAUUAUGUUAAGACAGCGACUACCGCGGGUAGUAGUA